AUGAGUGACAAAAACACACGAAGAAGACGCAGAAGCGGAAGAGACGUGGCACAUAAACAGAGUGAGGAAGGAAUCAGCUAGCUGAGUUUGCUGAUGACAGCUUCUGCUCCUGCUUUCCACGUGAAUUUGACAAGGAAGCUUAAAUGACAGUCGUACAACAUAACCUGAAACGAACGGGACUUGAUUAAAGUUUGUGUGACAGGUGGCUAUGGGUCUCUGCAAGUGUCCGAAGAGAAAGGUGACCAAUUUAUUCUGCUUCGAACAUCGUGUAAAUGUGUGCGAACAUUGCCUGGUCUCCAACCACAACAAGUGUAUCGUGCAGUCAUAUUUGCAAUGGCUCCAGGACAGCGAUUACAACCCCAACUGCACUCUGUGUAAUAAUCCUCUGAAUGCUCAAGACACUGUCAGGCUGGUCUGCUACGAUGUGUUUCACUGGUCUUGUCUUAAUAACUUGGCCUCUCGGCUGCCCCUCCAUACGGCUCCAGCGGGAUACCAGUGUCCCACCUGUCAGGGUCCAGUGUUCCCCCCUUCAAACCUUGCCAGCCCAAUUGCUGAUGUGCUGAAAGAACAGCUGUCAUCUGUUAACUGGGCUAGAGCUGGUUUAGGGCUGCCGCUGAUUGAAGAGCCCAUUGGGGUGCUUGAGGAGACCACAGCUAAUGAUGUCACUGAUUAUACUAACUGGUCAACAUUUGAUGCACAAGAACAAAGUAACAUUUACCCCAGCCACUCUUACAACACCAGCCUCAGCCCAGCCCCAAAUUCUGUCUCACCUCCAGUACAGGAAGACCUUGGAGGUCCUCGUAAAAAUGUGGAUCCAAAUAUGCAGGAGCACUCUGUGGUCAACUUUCCUACUGCCACUACCAGUGACACAGUUACACUACACACAGCAUCGUCACCAAGAAAGAUCUACGACACACGGGACAUUGAUCACAGCUCUGCCACACGGAUUGACUUUGACGAUGACAAGUACCGGAGACGGCCAGCGUUAAGUUGGUUUGCUCAAAUUCUCAAAAAUCGCACAGGUGGAAAGCGGACAUCUCUGUCCUGGAAACAGCGGGUCUUCAUGCUCCUUGUGGUCGGAGUUCUGGGAUUCUUUACGUUGAUAAUCAUCAUGGCUAAACUUGGACGUGCCUCUGCUGGCUCCGACCCAAAUUUAGAUCCUCUUCUUAACCCCAACAUCCGUGUGGGGAAAAACUGAAAACAAGCAUUGAUUCCUUCUUUUCCUUUUAUGUUACACAAUAUAAGCCUGUGUAGAACAAGCUGAAAUGGGACUUUCUAAUACAUGGUUAGCCCAACAGAGGGAGCCGCUUACCCAACUUGAAUGGAAAAGAGAAAGAGACGCUGCACCUGCGUUAGAAUGGAGGCAAUCUCUGGUUCCAUUCAUUUGCAUCAGGCAGUAGGAACAUGUCAGGGCCCCUUCAAAGACCAUAACAAAUCUCACAACAUUCAGAAGUUUCCUGUGGUUCAAGCAAAGCAACCGGCAAACUCCAAAGGUGACCAAGGCCCGGUGCAUAUAGACAAAGGAUCUGGUUAUUUUUGCUUUGAAAAGCAAAUGAUGAAGAGGGGUAUUAUUCAUAUAUACAAUUCCAGCUAACAUUUGUCAGUGAUCUUUGUAAGUUCUUUUUUUUCCAAGUUCAGUAGAAACUAAUUAAACACUGUUGAUGUUGAAAGAACAUCUUAAGCUGGCAGAAAAGUCAGAAUAUAUCUGUUCAGCAGCGAAACCUCUACACGGUUAUAAUGAAAUGAUUCCACUUGAUUUGAUUUGCGUGGCCUUGUGCGUUUCUCCUUUAGAGAAGAUGUGGCCCUCACAACUGGAAUCAAAUAUACCCCACACAUGAUUAAUACAUAAGUAUUUAUGGGUGUUUGCAUUACUUCUGAAAUUGAGUGCAUUGCUUUUAGAUUUGUCAUACAUAUUGUAUGUACAUUUUCCUGAUGUUUUUGACUGUCUAUUAAAUGGGGAAUACUACAGAA